UUCUCUGUUCGCCUGUCUCUGUGCGUCUGUGUCUCUCGGUCCCUGUCUCCGAUGAUGCUUCCACCUGUCACUCCUGAGUCCUCUUUGUCUCUCUGUGUGUCCCUCGCUCUCUCUCUCUGCAAUUCUCUCCCUGUCUCUGUCUUAGUCUCUAGAUCUCUCUCCCCCUCUCUCUCAACUUCCCGGUGUCCCCGUCGAAAUUCCCUCCUUGUCCUCGGGUCCAGCCCCCUUCCCCUUCCUGUGCCUCCGAAUCCCUCCUGGCCUCUUUCUUUCCCUGUGUCCCUGUGUCUUUCUCCGCUUCUCCCUCCCGCGGGGCCCGCGGGGCGCCUGCGACCUUUUGGACGCGCGCGGAGUGGGCGGGCCGCGGGCGCCCCCGUGUGGCCGGCGGGGGCCGUCAGGGGAGGACGGCGGGUGGCGUGUGUGCGCGAGACGGGGUGUGUCUCCGCGUGGGUGUGCGUGGGUGGCACCGGGAGAGCCUGUGUGACACCAAGAGACUGUGUGAGUGUGUAAUGCUGUGAGGUUGUGCGUGACACAGACUGUGUGGCUGUAACAUUGUAAGUCUCUGUGUGUGGCUGUGUGACAGUGGGGUUAUCUGUGACAAGGGAUUGAGUGGGACUGUGUGAAAUUCAGCAUGUGGCUGUAUGUGAGAUGACAUGUAGGUGACUGCGUGUGGCACAGUGGGAUUGGGUGUGCUUCUGACAGCAUGAGUUCUCUGUGACACUGAGAGAUUGUGUGUGGCUGUGCACAACACUGGGAGAUGACGUGCGACUGGGUGUGAGAGACACUAUUUGAAAAUAGUGACAUCGGGAGACCACGUGUGAGAGCGACACACUAGGAGAUGGUGUGUGACUGUAUGUAAGAGACAGUGUGUGACUGCACAUGACAUAGAGAUUUGAGUGACUGUGAGGUGGUAUUUGUGCGACACGAGGGCAUGACAGCUUGUGUGUGUCAUGUGGGCAGAUGAUGCAUAAGAGGGAAAGACUGAAUGACUGUGAGACACCAAGAGAUGGCACGAGAAGGCGGAGUGAGGGAUGCGGGGGAAGGCUGGGUGUGACAGAGAGACACCAUGUCCAACAACAUGGCUAAGAUCGCCGAGGCCCGCAAGACGGUGGAGCAGCUGAAGCUGGAGGUGAACAUCGACCGCAUGAAGGUGUCGCAGGCGGCGGCGGAGCUCCUGGCCUUCUGCGAGGCGCACGCCAAGGACGACCCGCUGGUGACGCCGGUCCCCGCCGCCGAGAACCCCUUCCGCGACAAGCGCCUCUUUUGCGUCCUGCUCUGAACCCUCCCGACAGCUUAUCCCUCUCCUCCACCUCAAAUACGAAUCCAAUAAACGUGGUG